AUGCCUUCGCGUUUAUCAACUCCCGUCCUAACUGUGGACGCGGCAAAAAUACACAACGUCGACACGGCUAAUGCGCAGAGUCUUCAUGGCAUGUGGAUGGUAUUUUCAAAAUGUGCCGAUUAUAUGGAAGAAGGUCGUCGGUUGGAGAAUCUGAGCUGGAGACUCUGGACACGUGAAACCUUUUGUGUGGAGCCGGACAAGUCCAGUGAUACUUCCGUAUUGCCACUCCUUCGCUCAGAAGCUGGUGACCUUCCGGAACUUUCUGCCAGCGUUGAAUCUGCUGCUUCAGAACAAGCCGAGAGAAUUGAGAGCCAUAUCAAGCGUGCUAGAUGCGAUCUGAAGCCUGCCGUUGUCCGCGAAGACUCGUUUUCGUAUCUAGGCCGUGGAAAAGAAAAGCACAUCACGUCACUCGGGCUAGAGCGGAUGGUGCUUAACAUCAAAGAGAAGAAAAAUCUCGAGCCUCUCGACCCGCCGAUGACUACAGUCGCCCCUCCGGUGGUUGACCUCACACCGCGACCGUCGACACCCUCCCCGACACCGCCUUCAGAAUCCACUGCCAAACGCACUCCGUCUUUCCCGUCUUUCAACCAACAAGCUCUUCGUUCUACGGAAUCAUGUUCAACGACCGCGCCGGAGGGUAACGAUAGCGACGCCGCGAACGUCAAUGCUUCUGACACCAGCGUUUCCUCCUCCGGUAUGCUUCCUUCUCGGUCUUGCUUAAUGAAGUCUCCUAGUGUCGUGCGUGGCUUUUCUCCUUCGCUCGUUUCCUCAUCGUACCGGUCGCAACCAAGAUUAGCGGCCGAUCCUGGGCCAGCACAGCAGCCAACGCAAUUGAAACCCACACCUUUCAAGAAGAAGGGUGGCAUGUUCACACUUGGUGGUUCUUCAGGGGAUGAUGAUGAAAGCUCGUUCGAGGACCGGAUAGCGAUACAAAAGCCACACCGCAGCUCGCUUUCUAACGAGCUUAGCAAGUCGGCAGCCACUAAUCCGAGCCCAUCGAAGAAAGUGACUUCGUUUCAAGAACAAGUUGGAAUCAUCAAACCCAUCAGCGAGAGGUCCUACGACAAUGAUGAGGAUGCAAUUGAGACUGAGGAUGAAGUUUCAGAGAGCGCUAUUGAGGACGAUGAGGAUUCGGAUUGGGAAGACUCAGUGACGGAGAGUGGAAGGUCGAGCGUCGAGGAAAGGGAGCUUUUCCAGCGAGUUGACUCCAGGCCGAACCUGGUCUCGCGUCGUUCCCUCCUCACAAUGAUGAUGCACCAGCCUACCAAGAUGCAGGGGCCAACAUCACGCUCCAGCCCCGCCCUCCAGCGCUCACGGUUAACAUCACCUAAUGGACCCUCCAUCCCCGCUUCACCACCUGAAGAUGAUGAGGAGAGCUUGACUAUGCGUGGUCCCGAUGUUCCCCGGUCGAAGCCGAUCAUUGUGAAGCCGUCUCCACAGUCGGUCGCACACUCUCCUCGAACUACACGGAGGAACAUGCUUGCCACAGAAUUGACCGAGUCCUUGAGACGUCAUCUACUCUGGGAGCGCCAGCAGAAGAGUGCAACCGCAAACGCUUUCCUGAAGCGACGACACACAACCCAUGAUAUGGCGAACCUACAGGAGUAUCCCGAGCCCAAUGGGGCACCAAACGCACAAACAUCCCAACGGAAUGCUGCCGUCGCGAAUGGAGCCUCCGCAAAAGCACCCGCUGACAAGGAUGUCGCCUCGUUUAAUCAUUAUACCGACUUCGGGCCGUGGGAAUACCAUGUAAAGGGAUGGUAG